AUGACCAGUCUUUCAAUCUCAACAAGAUGGCUACGCCCAUCAACAGCAUCACUCGUCAGAUCCUCGUUCCUCUAUGCGCAAACCGCCAACCUUCAUCAACAAGGACCAUCUCGCUCAGCCGUCGUCCAUGAGCAAGCCCUCCCACAAAACCAACAAGCUCCCAUCCCACCCGUUGAACAAGCAAAAUCAAUUACAUCGGACUCCCACAAACUCGACACCUUAAUCUCUCAAAUCCCUUUCGUCCAAUCCCUUCGUCAAUCACAAACCUACAAAGAAUCAAGACCCCAUCUCGCCAUCCCACCAGCUAUCCGCCAACACCAUUUCGUAGGUGGCAGUCUCGCCGGACCGGGAAAGCUAGCCUUAGCACCAUAUAUGUGGACUUCAUCACGAAAGGAAGAAGCCAAAGAGUCAGAUCCCAUCUCCGAAAGUUCCAGUGUGAAGACCAGUAGCGUUGUUUCAGUAUUCCACAUCGGUCGAGAUCUAUGUGGACAUCCGGGUUUUGUGCAUGGGGGUUUAUUAUCCGUUUUAUUCGAUGAAGUCUUUGCGCGUUGUAUAUCCGCUGCAUUCCCAAGUGGAUUGGGAAUGACAGCGAAUUUAAAUGUGGAUUUUCGGAAACCUGCGCUUCCGGAUCGGUUGUAUGUGUUGCGCACUGAGACAACCAAGGUGGAGGGUCGAAAGGCUUGGGUUCAUGGGAAGAUGAUCUAUCUUCCAUUGGCCUUGCCGUUAAGCCAGGGUCAGAGCUCUGGGGUAUAUGAUCUCAUGCCGGAUGAGAGUUUGUUAUCAGAGGAUAGCGAGGGAGCGGUUAUGGUUGCUGAGGCUAAGGCUUUGUUCAUUGAGCCCAAGUUUGCUGAUUCGAUGGUGUCUGUUUACCGGACUUAA